AGUUUCUCCACCCGCGAGUGUGUCGCUGAGUCACCUUCUCGGAAGGCUCGGGUCAAGCUGUCCAGGGGCGGUGCAGAGCCAAGGUACAUAUUGCAGAGACGCGUGCGGAACCGCAGGUUCAGCCUGCGUCCCCUGGCCAGCCGGGGACCCCUAAAAUAGUGAGAAACUCGGUUGGGAACUCAGGAGUCCGCUGGGAGAGAAGCCACCUUCAAGGCGUGACCCAGUUCACUGCAACGCCUUGUUAUCUGCUCCCCUGCUCCUCCGGAACUCGCACCUUCUGGACUUUAAGAAGGCGAUGCAAAGAGAGAGGUGUGUGGGGUCGCGCGGGGGCCGGUGUGGGCGUGCGAGCCCUCCGCAUCUGGAGCCGGACCAUUGCAACUUCCUUCCUCCGCGGGUCUGGUGUCUGUUUUGGUCUUGCCUGGAUCUGGCUGCCUCGGGGAAUGACGGGGCCGCUCUCACAGCCCAGGGAGGUGGAGAGGGCGAGCCCCACAGCCAGUCGCCAGACACCCUCCUGGGCAACACCGAUAAGGAGCUGAAUACAGGAGUCACCGUCACCCCUAGCAGCGCCGGGACAGCGCUGGUGGCCCCUUGUCAGCGGGAGCCUCGGGACCUGGCUAUGGAACCAGCAGGCUGCCCUAGGGGAUUGCUCCCGCGGCCCUGCAGAGUGCUGGUGCUGCUGAACCCCCGGAGCGGCAGGGGCAAGGCUCUGCAGCUCUUCCAGAGAUUUGUGCAACCCCUCCUGGAGGAGGCUGAAAUAUCCUUCAAACUUAUGCUCACCGAACGGCAGAACCAUGCCAGGGAGCUGGUGUGUGCAGAGGAACUGAGCCACUGGGAUGCCCUGGUGGUCAUGUCGGGUGAUGGUCUCAUGCACGAGGUGGUGAAUGGGCUGAUGUCACGGCCUGACUGGGAGACUGCCAUCCGGAAGCCCCUGUGUAGCCUCCCCGGAGGGUCCGGCAACGCGCUGGCGGCUUCCUUGAACUACUAUGCUGGGUACGAGCAGGUAACUAGCGAAGCCCUCCUGACCAACUGCACGCUGCUCUUGUGCCGCCGACACCUGUCACCCAUGAAUCUGUUGUCACUACACACGGCUUCCGGACUGCAGCUCUAUUCUGUGCUCAGCCUGUCCUGGGGCUUCGUUGCUGAUGUGGACCUGGAGAGUGAGAAGUACAGGCGCUUGGGGGAGAUCCGUUUUACAAUGGGGACCAUCUUUCGCCUAGCAACCCUGCGAAUCUACCGGGGCCAACUGGCCUACCUUCCUGUAGGAAAUGCUGCCUCGGAGAUGUCUGCUUCUCCGGCACAGGCGCACAAGGGCCCUGUGGACACAUACCUUGUUCCCCUGGAGGAGCCGGUGCCUUCUCACUGGACCGUGGUGCCGGAACAGGAUUUUGUUCUGGUGCUGGUACUGCUACAUACCCACCUGAGCACCGAGAUGUUCGCGGCACCCAUGGGCCGUUGUGAGGCUGGCGUUAUGCAUCUGUUCUACGUGCGUGCGGGGGUGUCAAGGGCCAUGCUGCUGCGUCUCUUCCUGGCCAUGCAGAAGGGCAAGCAUAUGGACUAUAACUGCCCAUACUUGGUGCACGUGCCUGUGGUUGCCUUCCGCCUGGAGCCCAAGAACCAGAGGGGCAUGUUUUCCGUGGAUGGGGAGUCGAUGACAUGCGAAGCCGUGCAGGGCCAAGUGCACCCAAACUAUUUUUGGAUGGUUUGUGGCAGCAGAGAUGCCCCGUCCAGCUGGGAGCCUCAGCCGAGGCCAUCUCCAGAAAAGCCAUUAUGAUUCCCUGGCUCUCCGUGCCUUUGUCUAUGUCUACACUGAGAUGGGACCCUCUCCUGCAUCCAUGCCCUCAUAUGGGAGGCUAUCUAAAGCUCACAUGGAGGUAGGGACCCUGUAGGGAAAGUAGGAAGGUGGGGCUGUAAGAAAGGCUCUGCCCCCUAAAUGCUAGAAGGCGAAUCUGGGCAGGCACCCUCUGGCUGGGCAGUUACAUCUAGAAGGCACUUACCAUUGUGCUUGGAGCACUUCUGAGAAUCAAAUCCAAAUAAAGUGACUUCCAAUCUGCUGA